CGGGCGCCGGGAGUUGCUGGCCAUGAGCGGAGCUCCCGGCGCCCCGGAGCAGCCCGAGGAGCCGCCGCGUUCCCCGGCCCGGCAAGUCCCCCCCCAGCUGAGCAAGGAUCUGCAGGAAGCCCGGGAGGAAUGGGCGGCUGUGGAGGAGAUCCAGCUGGGGCUGGGGGGGCCGUUGCCCCCCAUCUCCUUUCCGGAGGCGCUGCAGCACUUCAGGAGCCAGUGCAGGGAGAAGGUGCAGGGGGGGGGACACGGGCUGCUCUCCCUGCUGAGCUGCCUCUGCAGCCCCCCCAGUCUGCGGCCCCCCCUGCGGGCUGAGAGGGAGCUGGUGCUGGCCAUGGCCACCUGUCCCCUGGAUGACAGCCAGCAGGUCCACCUGAGGAUCCUUCAGACCAUCUUCCAGCAGCUGACGCGCUCCCGGCUGGGCUGCCCACGCUAUGGGCCCCACUGGGAGGAGCUGGGCUUCCAAGGUGCAGAUCCCAGCACUGACCUGCGUGGGACGGGAAUGCUGGGCCUGAUGCAGCUCCUGUUCCUCCUCACUCACCCCCAGCUGCUCCCUCUGGCUCAGGAGAUCUUCAAGUUGUCCCACCACGAAACCCAGAGUUUCCCCUUCUGCAUCAUGUCAGUGAACAUCACCCGCAUGGUCCUGCAGGCCCUGAAGGAGGAACACCUCUCCAGGGUGUGCAACCGCAGGCAGGAGGUGAUCCCUGUGCUCAACCACCUCCACGCUGCCACCUUCCUGCAGCUCUUCCAGCUCUGGAGAGGACAGCACAGGACCAUCGCCGACGCCGGCUUUGUCCUCAAGGAACUGGAAUUCUCCACCAAAAAGAAACCAAAGCAGCUCCUGAAAUCCCUGGACAUCUACAUGAGCCGGAGGCUUCAGCAACGCUCCGGAAGUGGCGCCCAGGAGAUGGACUUCACUGGUGUGUGUGACCUUCAGGGUGAGCUGGAAGGAGAAGCCCAGCUGGUCUGAGAUGGAGCAAUUCCCAAAGGAGUUCCCAGAGGAUUCCCAAAGGGCUCCUGAAGAAUUCCUGGAGGAUCUCAGGUCCAGGUGGCAGGUGUGGAGCGGUGGGAGGUGGGGAGAGGGAUCUGAGGAGAUCCAGGAGCACGGGGUGCUCCAGAGUGGGGACUUUUGGACUUUUUCCCUGAGUUCCCAGGAAGGGAGGCCUGGUCCUUCCCCUCAGGAUUGUACCUUUCCCAGUGGGAAUCUCCACAGGUGAAGGAGGGAACGUGGGCAGAGCCAGGGGGCCUGUCACCCACUGGUCUCCAGCUGGGAAUCUCCCUCUGGUCCCAGUCCCUGCUCCCAGAUCCCAUUAUGGGGCUCCUGGAUCCCACUUGGAGCUCCUGAAUCCCAUCAUGGAGCUCCCGGAUCCCGUCAUGGGGCUCCUGGAUCAUGGGCUAAGAGCCUGAGCACAGCCCUGACACAGGGGACACACACGUCUUGCCCCUCCCCCCCAGAUUUGGGGACCCCCAUGGGGAGAGAAAAAAAGACUUUGCUGCUGGUUCCUGGGGGCCAGGUCAGGAUUUCCCACCUUCCCAACCCUCCAUGCCUCAGUUUCCCCCGUUUAUAAAAUCCAAACCCCAGAACAGCUGCUCUGCCUCCCCCCCCAAAUGUUCCCAAAAUGGGUUAAAGAUCCAAAUAAGUGGGUGAAAAAUCCCAAUAAAGGGGUGAAAAUCCCAACAAAUGGGUGAAAAAAUCUGAUAAAUGGGUAAAAAAUUCCAAUGAACAGGUAAAAAUCCCAAUAAAUGGGUAAAAAUCCCAAUAAAUGGGUGAAAAAUUUUAAUAUAUGGGCAAAAAAAUCCAAUAAAUGGGUGACUAAUCUCAAUAAAUGGAUAAAAAAUCCCAAUGAAAGGGUAAAAAUCCCGAGAAAAGGGUAAAAAAUUGUAAUAAAAGGGUAAAAAAUCUCAA